GGGCUCCGUGCCGGUGCCGAGACCCUCGGGGUCCCCGCAGGGCUUGGAUGGAGGCGCGGGCGGAGCAGGGCGAGGAGGGCGCCGGGGCGCGGAUCACGGCGCAGCUGCUGAAGGCCAGCACCGGGGAGUUCUCCCUGGACUCCAUCCUGCUGCUGAGGCUGCGCGGCCGCGGCAUCGCCGACCUGGGCUGCUUGGGCGACUGCGCCCACCUGGAGUGGCUGGACCUCUCCGGCAACGCCAUCUCGCAGCUGGGCCCGCUGGCCGGCCUCAAGCAGCUGGCCGUCCUCAACCUCUCCCGCAACCGCGUCUCCAGCCUGGAGCCGCUGGGCUCCUGCCCGAGCCUCCAGAGCCUCAACCUGGCGGGCAACCUGGUGAGCAGCCUGCAGCAGCUGCGCUGCCUGGCCGGCCUGCGGCGCCUGGAGAGCCUGCGGCUGCGCGACGCCCUGGGGCAGCUCAGCAACCCCGUCUGCGCCGCCGCCGCCGCCUACCGCGCCGCCCUGGCCGAGGCGCUGCCCGGCCUCAAGGCCAUCGACGGCGAGCGGGUGUCGGGCCGCGGCAGCGAGCUCUUCCAGCUCUGCCGGGACCUCGACAGCUCGCUGGGGCACGGCCCCGGCCCCGCGCCGCCCCGCGCCGCCCAGCCCUGGGUGCAGGCGAGUUUCUGGGAGCCGCCGCCGCCCCGGCGCAGCUCCAUCAUCGAGGAGGCGUACAAGCAGUUCGGCGAGGCGCUGCAGGAGUGCCGGGAGCUCGGCCGGCGCGCCGACGACACCAUCGCCCAGGCGGAGCGGGCGCUGAGCGUCCGCAGCGACCCCAGCUCCUACGUCUUCUAAGCGGGGAGCCCCCGUCCCGGAGCCCCCCACGGUGCCGUCCCAACCCCGUCCAGCCCCGGCUGGGGUCCCCGAGGAG